AUGAAUACCGGUCUUAAGAUCUACACCACUCUUCUUCUUCUUGCUCCUUUUGCUCUUCCACCAAGCCUUGCGCUAGUUAUGGUCGACCUUGUUAUCUUUUACGCUUUCAUAACUACUCGCAUGCUAUUGCUAAGCGCCCCAAAAGCUCUUUGCUUUAAUAGUGCUAAUAUUAUCGACUUCAUCGAGAAGUACGAGGAAACUUAUAAUAACUUUAGUAUCCUUAAAGAUGAUCGGUUUAUCAAACUCUUCUGUUAUUGCGAUAACCUUCGCAAAGAGGACUCGGUCGCUUUCUUGCGGGAAUUUGCUAUGCAAGAACGGGAUAUUAAUGACUUGAAAAACUAUUAUCGCACCUUCUUUCGAGUCUUCGAAAAGCUUACUUUAAUACACUUUUUAAGCAAGACCGAACAAAGCCGCUUGUUCCUCUUCGGAUUGCUCGUCGGAAUCCGAAACAAGACGAUUAAGCAUUGUAAGGUCGACGAACUCGAUCUAGACUCUUAUGCUGCUUUCGAUGACUUCGCUGCAUUCGCUUUUAAAACCGACCAAAGCGUUAAGACUAUCGAAGCUAUGAAUCGAGAAAAGUCUCUUUUAGUUAAUUUUAUUAAAGAUAUUCGGACCUUAAUCAAAAAACACAUAAAGCUAGUUAGCGUUCUUGAGUCUGUUAAGAAAGCUUUAGUAGUAAUGCCGUUUACCCGUGAACCACGGUUCACGAAUGAAAAAAAGGAAAUUAACAAACUUAGUAUCAGCCCGAUCAAAAUGUUUAACAACCAACCAACUAGCCAAAAGAGCUUACCACUAUUUUUAAAAGACUACAUAAAGGUUGCUUCGGUCGAGAUCAACGCCGCCGCAAAGGACAAAGCUAAGAAGCUUUUCUAG